AUGGAGCCAUUCGUAAAUUCUCUCAAAAUCGGCUUCAUCAUCACCUCGUCGUCGAUUUGUACAUUACUGAUUGUCUAUGUUUAUCACGAGCUGACCGAACCAUGCAAAGAAGAGUUCGCCUUUCCGAAUUAUCGCAGAGUCUCGAAUCUUCGCCAAGAUUCUCCAUGCUCCUACUUAAAAAUUCCCAACACUUUGGACACAAUGCUGAGUUCAUGGCAAGAUUUCAUUUCAGCUCUUUCUUACAUAAACAAAGAAAAACUGCUAAAAAUCUUGCCCAGAAAUCACUCGGAUUUGGGCGUUGCGAAGACCAGGAGCAUAUCGAUUUUGCCGACAAAAUUGAAAGAUGUGGGUAACCAAGUGGCCUCAACGGUGCGAGUCCUCCAGAUUGGCGCCCAAGACUCUCGAAGCUCUAUUCGAUUAUUGGAAACAGCAAAGAGUUUUGUGAAGGACAAAUCUAUUCACUUGAUCCCAAUCUCAACUUGGAUGACACCCACUUAUGUAAAGAAUGAAAAUGGAAGCUGGGAACGGGCCGAUAUCGAAGAUCUCUAUCCAGAUUAUUUGAAUGAUCUCCAAACGCACGAGCUUCUUGACAAUGUUUUUCCGAUGAGGCUGCCAUUUGAUAAAGCAGCCGAAAUCCUGGAAUGCUCUGGUGUGUCUUUUCAUAUUUUGUAUAUAACCCCUGACAAUAUGGCGGAUAUCGUCUUUGCUCUCAAUCGUUUUCUGAUUUUUGUGGAAGAGGGUGGUUAUGUGAUUGGAGAAAUGAGAACGAAUGCGUCGAAUUGGAAAGAUACCUACGAUCGAAUUCAACAAGUCUCAACCACACAAAAAAGCCUCGAAAACGAUGGAGAGUACUGGGCGAUCAAAAUCAGAAGACAACUCUUCAAAAGA